AUGCGGUACGAAGCUAAAAUGAUGCCGAUGUUCCUGACUGUAUACCUCAGUAACAAUGACCAGCAUUUUACUGAGGUUCCUGUUACUCCGGAGACACUGUGCCGGGAUGUGGUGGACUUGUGCAAAGAGCCGGGGGAAACGGACUGCCACCUGUCUGAGAUGUGGCGUGGAUCUGAGAGACCUGUAGGUGAGGGGGAGAGGAUGCUGGAUGUGCUCCAACGAUGGGGACAGCACAGAUCAGAGGUGCGCUUCUUUCUGCGUCACAACCGAGCUCCUAGCAGGGAAUCAGGAGGAUCAAGAGGCUUGGACUCAAAGAAAAAUGGAGUAAAGGGUCCCCCAGACAGAAGGAUGGAGAAUGGGGUGGCAACACCCCGGAUGGACAUGACAUUGGCUGAGCUACAAGAGAUGGCUGCCAGACAGCAACAGCAGAUAGAAGCCCAACAACAACUCCUUGCUUCCAAGGAACAGCGGCUACGCUACUUGAAGCAGCAGGAGCAGCGUCAGCAGCAACAGGCCUCUGAGCAAGAGAAGCUGCAGCGCCUCAGAGAGAACAUUGAGAAUCAGGAAGCUCGGCUCAAGAAGGUCCGGGCCCUCAAGGGCCAGGUGGAGCAGAAACGUCUCAGCAAUGGCAAGCUGGUGGAGGAGAUAGAGCAAAUGAAUAACCUGUUCCAGCAGAAGCAAAAAGAACUCGUGAUGGCUGCAACCAAGGUGGAGGAGCUCAGCCGACAGCUGGACUUGCUCAAAAAUGGCAAAAUGGACAACUUCCAUGACAACCAGAGCUCGGUAGCGGAACUAGACCGUCUCUACAAAGAGCUACAGCUGAGGAACAAGCUCAACCAGGAUCAAAACUCAAAGUUGCAGCAGCAGAGAGAGAGUCUGAACAAGCGCAACCUGGAGGUGGCUGCUAUGGACAAACGGAUCAGUGAGCUCCGAGAUCGGCUAUGGAAGAAGAAGGCAGCUCUGCAGGCGAAAGAGAACUUGCCUAAUGGCUAUCCUGGUAAAGAGAGGGCUUCAAAAGAAACUCAUCUUCAGCUGCCCUCUGAUGGCCAAGCCGGACAGCAGUCGGCUCCGUCUCGUGUGGCAGCGGUCGGUCCAUACAUUCAGUCGUCCACUAUGCCGAGGGGCCCAGCGAGACAUGAUUUGCUUGUAAAACCAGCCUACCCAGACGGCACUGCCACCCUCCCAGCCCACGAGCCACAAAGCAAAGUGGGGACAGGCCCACAACCAGGGAAACUAGCAGACUGGAGUUCUUCAGGUCCAGAGCCCAACACCAAUGGUCAUGGUCCUGCUUCAACACUGCCACGAAUGACCUCUCACUCCAGCGCCAACACAGACCAAGAUGAGUCAGAGCUGAAGAGGGACAGGAAAGUGCGUCCAUAUUCCAUGUUUGAACCAACAGAGGCUCCUGCUACCUCCCUCCGCAAAAACCAGAGCAGUGAUGACCUUGUCAGGGAUGCUCAGUCGGCUCCUAAGCCUCCAGUCAAGGUGCCUCCUCCUGUCCCCAGCAAACCGAAAGGCCCUGUUCUUGUUCCCUAUGGCAAACCAGGCCUCAACACAGGCACCUUUCCUAAAACCAAGCCCCACGGCCAGCAGUCGCUCACCGCCCAGAGCCGCAGCCCUCUCCCACCCUCACAGAGCCAGACACUCCCCCUACCCUCCAAGCAGGACACUCCACCUGCAGCUACAGUACGGCCCUUCACCCCAGACCUACCCUCCUCCAAAGAAGCCAGCCUGAGCAAACCACAAACUGUAGCUGCCAGCUCCAUUUACUCCAUGUACACACAGCAGUCCGGCUCAGGAAAGCCCUUCCAGCCUGGUGUGCAGGGUGCUCUCAACAGGGCUCAAAACCGCCCCAACGGAUUCAACAGUGUGUAUGGUAAACCAGUGAUCUCCAGUGGAGGCUCCCAGCAUCCAGAGAAUCCAUACUUAGAGCGCCGCUCCCCAGCACCAGAAACUGAAAUUGACCACGCUGGAGCUAACAAUGUGGGCCCCAGCUCAUCUGAGGGCCAGCAGCCAGAGACGGAGCGCAUCCCUCGGCCGCUCAGCCCUACCAAACUGCUUCCCUUUAUUUCCAACCCCUACAGGCAGAGUGAUGGUGACCUGGAAGCCCUGAGAAAGAAACUCUACAAUGCCCCACGGCCUCUGAAGAAACGUAGCUCCAUCACUGAACCAGAGGGCCCGGCAGGGCCCAACAUUCAGAAACUUCUCUAUCAGAAGACCACACUGGCAGCUAUGGAGACCACUGUGAACACUCCAACCACUCCCACAUUUGCUGGAGAAUCGGCGAAAGCGGCGGAGGGAUCUAUGGGGCCAUAUGGUUCAAAACCUCUGACUGGCACAGAAAACCACCCAUCCGAGACAGGACAAACUCAGGAAUCCUCACAAAUCCCAGGUACUAAUACUCCAGUUCCAGCCUUUAAUGAACAGACCAACCCACCUUCAGCCAUCCCAGGGACUGAGGAAAUUAUCCCCCCUCCUCCACCAUCCCACCCAGCCCCAAGGCCAGAUGAUGCUCUUUUCCCACCACCACCACCUGCUAGUUUGGAGGACAUAACACCUAACCUGCCCCCUCCACCUCCAGAAGGCUUCCUGGAAGAGUUCCCCCCCUACCCACCACCCCCGUAUCCUAGUGGAGCAGAGCAGGACAGCUUUGGAGAGGACACCUUUAACAUGAAAGCACCUGAGGUCACUGGACAGGUCACUCUGCCACCGGGAAAGAGGACCAAUUUGCGCAAGCCUGGCUCUGAACGCAUCGAUCACAGCAUGAGAGUCAAGUUCAACCCACUGGCUCUGCUGCUGGACUCUUCAUUGGAGGGAGAGUAUGAUCUGGUCCAGAGAAUCAUCUAUGAAGUGGAGGAUCCAAGUCAGCCCAAUGAUGAAGGCAUCACUGCUCUACACAACGCCGUCUGUGCCGGGCAUACAGAGAUUGUGAAGUUCUUGGUUCAGUUUGGUGUCAAUGUUAAUGCCGCUGACAGUGAUGGCUGGACACCUCUUCAUUGUGCUGCAUCCUGCAACAAUGUGCAAGUGUGCAAGUUCUUGGUGGAGUCUGGAGCAGCAGUUUUUGCUAUGACUUACAGCGACAUGCAAACGGCAGCUGAUAAAUGUGAAGAGAUGGAGGAAGGCUACACCCAGUGCUCUCAGUUCCUUUAUGGCGUGCAAGAGAAGAUGGGCAUCAUGAACAGGGGUGUGGUCUACGCUCUGUGGGACUACACUGCUGAAAACCCAGACGAGCUCUCUUUCCACGAAGGAGACUGCAUGACCAUCAUCCGCAGAGAAGACGACGAUGAGAUUGAGUGGUGGUGGGCACGCAUGGGUGACACCGAGGGUUACAUUCCCCGCAACCUCUUAGGGCUCUACCCCAGAAUAAAACCAAGACAGAGGACGCUGGCAUAAAACAGAGGAAUCCCUGCACAUUUCCAGCCUGGCAGAACUCUGAAACACACACACACACACACACACACACACACACACACACACACACACACACACACACAGGCUUUAAUAGACUGGGGAAGAAAAGGACACUUGCUGAGAUAAAGAGAUGAGGAAAGACCAAACAAUAUGAAGGAUCAAAUGCUUCUGGCACUUUUCUGUAUCAACAAAAGAGAGGGAGUCACCCUCUUUUCUUUUUUUUUUUUUUUUUUUUUUUUUCUUUCUUUUUCCCCCUGUUUCUUUCUUUCUUUCUUUUAAAUACAGGUCACACUGUGUACCUAGGACACUAAAGGCUUUCUUUUCCUUUAUUCCUCUGCUUUUGUAUUAAGCGUCUAAAAUUGCGUCUGAAGUGACAGUGGGAUGUAAAAGGAACAAGCAGUAUUUUUUAAUUCCUAGAAAGUGAUUUUUACACUUUGGAGUAGUCUUUCAACACGUAUGUCUGGAAUACUGGUUAUUUUCUAACACUUUUGGGCACUGCAUGAGGUGAAUGAGUGGAGGACAAUGGUGAUGAUGCUUUUGAAACACUCUGUUACUAUGACAAUCUUUUGGGGCAUCUUUCUCAUCAUCUGCAUUAAGUCACUGUACAGCUGCCCCAGAGGUGUAAAGUUUCAGCUGUGACAGCCACUGUUCUGGCUUAACAAAUAGAAGAAGAAAUAACUGCUGAAAAAAAAACAAAAAAAAAAAUGGUGACGAAGCUUUUUGCGUUAUCUCGUGCUGUUUGUUCUGUGGUCAAUGACGCCUAGAAAGCCAGCCUGCUGUCUGCAGGGGCAUGUGGUUGAGAUGCCACAGAUGCCAUGUAUACAUGUAUUUCUGUCAUAAACGUUAGUGAAACGUGACUGUAGGAAUUAUAUUAUGAAAAAUGACUUUCAUAAGAGGCUGUCUGAGGAUGCAGGAGAUUUCAUGCAGGAUGAGUUUGAUACAGCCAUUCUGUGAAGGCAAAGCUAUUACAAACCUUUUCCAAGUAAACUUCAAGUCCUAAAAUAAAAACAUAGGAAUAAAAAAAAAAAAAAAAGAGGUGGAACUUGAGACAU